AUGAGGACGCAAGGAAGAACAACCAACUCUUCGGCUGUGGGAGUUGAUCAUGUCUGCUUUGACGAGGAGGACAAUUCCCCUGCUCGGGAGCAUGCACCCUUGCAGCAAAAGUUCACGAAUACUAUAACAGAAGCGGCGCCUCGGCUAAAUCGUGCAAAGGAGCCCUACCGUUCAUUCAACGUCUUCAAAGAUGCCCUUAUCAAUUCGAAGAGAAGAGCUCAUCGAUUCACGCAGGUAGCACUCGGUACAAAUGCCUGGAGCUUUUGCCUUCAAGUUCACCCUUCUGGGGGACUUUCUCAAUCUCCAAGCCCAGUAUAUCACACCCUGCGCAUCCCCUGGUACCGCCAAGGCCUUUAUCUGCCAGCCUCAUUUGAUCUUUACUCGGGUGGAAAUGUCGUACGUAGCCGGAAAGACCCAUCUCCCGAGCCUCAAGACCACCGCGCGCACAUUCAUUACCGUGGCUUUGAGGGUCUAUUCAGUCUCCACGUGACGGUAGAUAUCUUCCACCAAGUGGAUUCUAAUACCCUUCAAAAUGAGCUUUCAGGCUCUGGGAAAAGUUCCUCGGGUCCUGUCAAGCACCGCUCAAUGGACAUCGUUCGGAAGGGAAUGGGUAGGACUUACCGUGUUGAGAUUGCUGAUGGUGGGGCUGUCAAAACAUUCUACUGGAAAGGGUCCAAGGCUGCAUUGUCUCUCCUUGAAACCGAAGGGAAAGACGCUGGUUCUAGUGAUGGGAACGGUAACCUAAAGUUCUUUGCUGCGGAUAAACCAGAUGAUAUUCUUGCAGUGUGGCAAAAUAGAACUGAUCGACAAAUUCUGGGUUCUUUGAAUGUUAUCGCUGAGCUUGAUGCUGAUUCCGAUGGGAUCCUUGAAGGUUUGAUGGUGAGUUGCCUGGCAGUGGUUGUUGCAGAGAGAGUUUCCGGGAGAGGGUGGAUAGGUGGCCUGGGGAAGUCAAGGAACUCUUAG